GUGGUAGGACAGCAGUACCACGGUGUAUGUGUAACUCUGCACGUAGCGCUUCUCCUGACGGGAGCUGAAGACCAGCCCACUCCAACAGAUGGCGAGCACUGUCCCGCAGCAGCGUGGCUAAGUCAGAAACACCGAAAAGUAUGUGCAGUCAACUUUAGCAAGUCAUCUUUUUUUGGAGCUUACUAGACCUACGACUUGAGCCUUGGAUUGGAGCUACAUUUAUUUAUUUUUUGAAGGAUCCGUUUACCACAUCAAGAUGUUUGGGAUGAGACUGCAGUUAUGUAUUUUUCUGAGCUUCCUCUUGAAGUCCCUCUCAGCCCACAAUGACUUCUACACCUCAAUAGGUCACAUGACAGACCUGCUGUUCACAGAGAAAGAUAUGGUCACUUCUCUCAAGGAAUAUAUCAGAGUGGAGGAGAGCAAGCUGGAGCAGGUCAAACGGUGGGCCGAUCAGCUGGAAUCCCUGUCCAUCACGGCCAUCCAGGACCCUGAGGGCUUCCUGGGCCACCCGGUCAACGCCUUCAAGCUGAUGAAGAGGCUCAACACGGAGUGGGGCAUGCUGGAGACCCUGGUGCUCUCUGACACCACCGAAGCCUUCAUCUCCAACCUGACCAUGCAGCGCAAGCACUUCCCCACCGAGGACGACCAGACGGGGGCGGCCAAGGCUCUGCUGCGGCUGCAGGACACGUACCAUCUGGAGACGAACACCAUCGCCACCGGCAACCUGCCUGGCGUGACGUACAAGAGCCCCAUGACGGUGGAGGACUGCUACGAGCUGGGGAAGAUUGCCUACUCGGACUCAGACUACUACCACACAGAGCUGUGGAUGAGCCAAUCCCUGCAGCAGCUGGACCAGGGGGAGGAGUCCACCAUCGACAAGGUGACCGUGCUGGACUACCUCAGUUACGCCAUCUACCAACAGGGAGAGUUAGAGAGAGCGCUGGAGAUCACCAAGAGGCUGCUCUCACUGGAUUCGGAGCACCAGCGCGCCCGGGGGAACCUGAAGUACUUUGAGUUCCAGAUGCUGCAGCAGAGGAGCGAUGAGGAGGAGGCCGCCCAGAAACAGAGGAACGAGGGGACGGUGGGCAACAAAACAGAGGAGAAGAAGAAAGGCUUCAAGGAGCCCAUCCCCGAGAGGAAGAUGUACGAGAAGCUGUGUCGGGGCGAGGGCAUCCAGAUGACACCGCGCAGACAGAGCCGGCUCUUCUGCCGUUACUAUGACAACCACCGCAACCCCAUGUACCUGCUGAGUCCGGUGAAACAGGAGGAUGAGUGGGACCGGCCCUACAUCGUCCGCUACCACGACAUCAUCUCCCACAGCGAGAUCGAGAAGGUCAAGAGCCUUGCCAAGCCCAGGCUGCGCAGAGCCACUAUUUCCAACCCAAUCACCGGCAUAUUGGAGACCGCUCCAUACCGGAUCAGCAAGAGGCGUGCUACGGUGCAUGACCCCCUUACCGGGAAACUGACCACGGCCCUGUACAGAGUCUCCAAGAGUGCCUGGCUGACUGGCUACGAUGACCCGCUGAUCGAUAAGAUUAAUCAGAGGAUUGAAGAUCUCACCGGGCUGGAGAUGGACACUGCAGAAGAGAUGCAGGUUGCAAACUAUGGUGUCGGAGGUCAAUAUGAACCACACUUUGACUUUGGAAGGAAAGACGAACCGGAUGCAUUCAAAGAGCUGGGCACGGGGAACCGUGUGGCAACGUGGCUCUUCUAUAUGACUGACGUGGCAGCAGGGGGCGCUACAGUGUUUCCAGACGUAGGAGCAGCCGUUUGGCCCAAGAAGGGAACUGCGGUGUUCUGGUACAACCUGUUUGCCAGCGGGGAGGGAGACUACAGCACGCGGCACGCAGCAUGCCCAGUGCUGGUGGGAAACAAGUGGGUAUCGAACAAAUGGAUUCAUGAGCGCGGCCAGGAGUGGAGGCGGCCCUGUGACCUGGACCAGUCUAAGUAAUAGGGGUGUUUAUCACGACUCCCAGUACCAGCUCCUCGCGAUACUGAACUCUCCGACCACCACAACACACAGAACGAUGACGGUUGCCAUCACCCGGCCCUCCGGUCACUCCUUCUCCCCUCCGGUCCGCCCGGGGCGCACGGAUCGUUGAUUUGUUUGUUUGGGGUGCGUUGUGCAUUCACAAGCAGCGUUUGGGAGUGAUGUAGUGGUCUUUUUGGCCGAUGUCUUCCCCCCCCCCCCCCUCCUGCCCCCUCCACCGAGGCUACCGCACAUGCUGUCUUUGCACUCCGGGUGAACUGUUUUUGUAGAGCCCUCUGAGAGACCGCAAGCUCCAUCCAGGCGUUUGGCCGCCUGUUCUUUUCAACGAUGAACAGGCUGCAGAGGGUUUUUUUAUGUUUUAUAAUAGCCCACACUAAAUUCUCUCUAGUCCGAUGAUAUAGAUAAUAUAUUAUGUAUGACAUAAAAAAACUAUUGGAUUAUGCUUUAAGAAAAGGAAUAAAGGAUGAAAUAAUGUUCCCAAUACAAACAAUGCAGCUAACAUAUUUUUGGAGUGUUGUUGAACAAUUUAUGGUUUCAAAAGGCCAAAACCUUGAUAUUGUUUAUGAAAAUCACUACGCAAUAUGUGAAAGUAGGCGUAUGGGGUUACCUACUCCAUAAGUUUAGUUUUUUUUGUAUUUAUAUUUUACAUUUUCUUUGUGUCUCUUGUAAAAAUAAGAAAGUUUGUUUUUGCAAUAAAAAAUACUUUUGUGUUGCUAAAUUAC